AUUAAAAACAUGUCAAAAACAAUCAAAAUCGACAAAGCAUUUAAGACAAAGGAGUUUAAAAUCCAACCUCAGUUCAAGAAGAGAGAAAAGAAGGCUAUUAGGAAAGCCAAUGAGAAGGAUGACUCUGGAAGCGAGAAAGAGAUAGAUGAGCUACAGGAUCUCCAGAACAAGAUCAAGAGACAGCCUUCUUUGUGGAGAAAUGAGUUCAGAAAACACCUUGAAACUUUCAAAAAGCUCUUUCUUAAGUUCAGAGAGGAUCCUAGUAGGGAGGAUGAGGAGACAGUGAAAUACAUCAAAUUCAUGACACAUAUCUGUGAUGUGUAUAGGAAGGAUCUCUCCUUUGUGCCUACAGAAUUUGUGAGUAUGCUUGAACAAAAUUACUCGACUAUUCAUCCUAAUGUAAGGUUCGAGCUAGUCCAGAGUUUGAGAAUGAUCAGAACUAAAAAGUUAGCAACUGCAGUUGAUAUUAUCCCACUCUUCUUCAAGUUAUUCAGGGCUGAAGAUAAAGCACUGAGAAGGUACCUCUUUACUUGCAUUGUUGGAGAUUUAAAACUUUUGAACAAAAAAUCGAAGGCUUCAAAUGUAAAUAAAACACUCCAAAAUUUUGUCUACAAUAUGAUAAAAGAUCCCCAAGAAAUCGCAGCUAAGCAAAGCCUUCAAGUAAUGAUCGAGUUGUAUAAGAGGAAGAUUUGGAAUGACGAUAACACUGUCAAUGUUAUAGCUGAAGCAGGGCUUCAGAAGAGCCCCAAGCUCUGCUUGCUAGCUUGCAAAUUUUUCCUCCUUCUCAAUUAUGAAAAUGAAGUCUCUGGAAGUGAUCAUGAGGACAGCGAUAUUGAUGAUGUCAAGAAACAGAUUCUGAACACAAAGGUAGGAGCCAAGAUGAGUAGGAAGAAAAAGCACGGGCUUGAAAAAACACUCAAAAAUAUGAGAAGAAGGAAAGGAAGGAAAGACAAAGUCUACUUUACUCCAGACUUUCUCCCAAUUGAUCUCUUGAGAUGUCCUCAAGAAUAUGCUGAAAGAUUGUUCUACAGGCUUAGGAAGAGUAACGAGAAGCUUGAGAUCAAGCUAUUCAUGAUGAAGUUUAUUGGAAGGCUGAUUGGAAGACAUAAGUUAAUUAUGUUCAACUUUUAUCCAUUUAUCUCUAAGUAUAUAAACCCUCAUCAGAAAGAAUUGGCAGAGUUCCUUGCAAUGGUUGCUGAGUCAACCCAUAUUAACGUUCCUCAUGAAGAAGUAUCUCCCCUUAUUGAGAAGAUCUGUGAGAACUUUGUUAAUGAGAGAGCCUCUCCUGUGAGCAUGACCAUUGCAAUGAACUCUAUAAGAGAGAUUGCUGCCAGAAACCCAAAUGCUAUGAACAAAGAGCAACUUCAGUACUGCAUUGCUUACUCAAAGAUCAAGAACAAAUCAGUCUCAAUGGCCAUCAAGGGAUUGAUCAACUUGUUCAGAGAUCUUAGACCAGAGCUCCUUGAAAAGAAACAGCUCGGUAAAGAGGAUUACAUCAAGCUCAGAAAAGAUGGGCCUGAAACUAUGGUUGAGAAUACUAAGCUCAGGACAAUUGAAGGACUCGAUCUCCUCAGAGAGCAUGAGGGUCUUGGAGAAAAUGUUAACAUGAUUGGGCAUAGACUCCUUACCGAUGAAGAUUUUAAACUGAUCAAGAAGCUUCAAAUACAAAAGAAGACUGAAGAAGCUAAAGAGCAGCUCAAACUUGACCUUAGCGAGUAUGAUAUCGUAGAUCAUAGGUUUGCAAUCCAUGACCAAGCCCAACUUCAAGCCGCUCAAGAGGCUGAGGAAGCUGAGGGAGAAUUUGAUGCUGAUGAUGAGAGUGGAGAAGAUGGAUCUGAUGCUGAUGACGGAGAAAAACCAUCUAAAAAGGUAAAGAUAAGCUCUAAAACUCAAGUACAUGAAAUCAAAGAUGGUGACUCAGAGGAAGAGAAAACUGAUGUUAAGAAGGUUGCUACUCCAAUUCAAAUAGUAGGGGCACCUCCUGUUAUCAGAUCUGAUGGUAUUAGAUAUGUCCCUGCAGUUACAGAAGAUGAAGUGGAUUUCGAUAUAUCAGUAUCUUCUAUCUCAGACAGUGAUAGUGAUGAGUAUGUAUCUCACAAUCCACAUAACUUCAUUGAUGGAGUCCAUUUGAAUACAUAUAAAAAGAGCAAGUAUCAAAAGCUGGCAGAAACUUAUGUAUCUCGUGAGGAGAAGCAAAGGCUCAAAAAGGAGAGGGCGAGAGCUCAUCAUGACAAGAAAGGAAAGAAAGAACAAGCCAAUAUCAAUGAUGAUGCCCAAGAAGUUGAGGUCUAUUCACCAAAACUACAGAUCUACCUCUGAACGUCUCAAAGACCUGAAAUACAAGCUUGGUAAAGUGAAAGAUGGCAAGCUCAAAGUGCAUCGUAAAGGACUUAAGAAUGUACGCUAAAUUUCUGAAAAUUAUCUCU